UUUCAAACUUCCUUUUUCCCCGAAACGAAGAACGAAAAUGAACUUUGUUUUAAGUAUAUUGGGGCCUUAAUGGUUGUUAGAUUCAACCAGACUUUCAAACCCUUGGACUUCUGAGUGAAAAAGGAUAUUCAACAAGAAAACAGAUCAACUGCAGGUUUCAGGAAGUCUUGAGGCUUUAACACAGUCUGUGUCUUUAACUGUCUGUCAUCAUUCGGUCAGUAUGGAGCUCCGUCAACUUCCUCUUGUGCUCUUGCUGAUUUCAAACAUCCACUCUGGACAAACUGAAGAAAGUCCAAAAGCCAAAGUGAACAUUAAACCUGAUCAACAUGUAUUCAGAGGAGAGACAGUCACUCUCAGAUGUGACAUUGAUGGUGAAGGAGUCACUAGCUGGAAGUACAGCUGGUAUAAAGACGGUUCAGACAGUGUUUUCAGUGAACUACAGGAACACACAUUCAGUUCUGUUACUGAGUCUGACGCAGGUAAAUACUCCUGUUCUGGAGCAGAGAGAGGAGGAUCACGAACAUCACACAUCAGUGAUGAAGUUACACUGACAGUAUCAGAUAAACCCAGACCAGUUUUAAGUGUUUCUCCACAGAAGUGGUUGACCGAAGGAGAUUCAGUGACUCUGAUCUGUGAGGUUAAAGACUCCUCUACAGGCUGGGCAUUCAGCUGGUUCACUCGAACUGCUUCAUCAGAUUACAGAAAUCGUUAUAAGCUGCUCUCAGACAGCAGCAGAGGAGCUGGAGGAAACUACACGGUCAGUUCUGCUGCUCUAAAUCACACAGGAGUUUAUGUGUGCAGCGCAGAGAGAGAAAAACCAGUCUAUAGCACACACUACAGCAACGAACAACCACUAUGUGUCACUGGUGUUUCUCCUCCAGUCUCUCUGAUCAUCAGUCCCAGCAGAACUCAACACUUCACAUUGAUCUCUCUCUCUCUGAGCUGUGAGGACCAGAGUAACUCUGAUAGAUGGACAGUGAGAAGAUACAAAGACAAUUGGGGUCUGGAAGAUUGUUUACUAUCACGCUGGGGAUCACAAAAAGGAUCUACGUGUAAAAUCAUGUCCACUGACCCAUCAUACACUGGAGUGUACUGGUGUCAGUCUGAAUCUGGAGAUAGCUAUCAGCCUGUUAAUAUCACUGUACACCUUGAUAUGAUUCUGGAGAGUCCUGUUCAUCCUGUGACUGAAGGAGAUUCUCUGACUCUACGCUGUUUAUAUAAACAUUCAACUCCACCAAUCCUCAGAGCUGAUUUCUAUAAAGAUGGAUCACUCAUCCAGAAUCAAACUACAGAGAUGAUCAUCUCUACUGUCUCAAAGUCACAUGAGGGUUUCUACUACUGCAAACACCCAGAGAGAGGAGAGUCACCCAAGAGCUGGAUCUCAGUCAGAGCUUCCUCCACAACAUCAGAAUCUGAUGGUCUCAAUCCCAUGAUAAUUGGAGUGACUGCAGGACUGAUUUUGACAUUUCUGAUCGUCUUCUUGGUCCUCUUGUGGCGCUACAGAAACAACAAAGGUGUAAGAUCUCAGUCUCCGUCUAAAGUCAGUGAACAGCAGAACAGCAGUCAGACAUCAGAACAGAACCAGAGUCAAGCGGGAUACAAUACUCUGCUGUCUGGAACUGCUCAUAUUUAUGACUCUGUUGAUGCAACAAUUAAUAAAGACUUCAGCACAGAUAGUGUUAGUGGACCUACUGACGUCACCUACGCUGAGAUUGAACACGAAUCUUCAGGGAAACAGAAGAAAAAUAAAGAAAACAAAGAGAAAACCAGUGAAGUUUCUGACACUGUUUACUCUAAACUGAACCUGGGGACCCAUCAAGGUGCUGGAUCUAGUGAUGUGACGUAUACUCAGGUUAAAUAAAUGCCCAGAGGAGAAUCUUUCAAACCCAGGAUGUUGAUGAGUUUGGGGGAGAAGAUCUGGAGAAUGAGCAGAUCAUCCGUGCUUUAUCAUCUUUGUGAUACUGAGAAAUUGAUGGCAAUAUGUGUAUUAAAUAUUAGUGAUGCAAUCCUUCAUGUGCUUCAAUAGCUAUGCAUGUUAAUAUUUAAAAGCAAUGAGCUGAUUAUACACUGGAUAAAAACAGCAAAGGUAGAUGAUGUUUCAGUGCUGCACAGAGUUUAUUUUAUUAGUUGAUACCAGCAGCAGCAGCUCAUCAUUAGACUGAAAGAGAGACAGAAUAUUCAGCUCAAGGCCUUUUUCUUGAAUGUUGAUUGACCAAAUUUCCUUUUUUCUUUGUCUUCUUAAUUUAAAAUGUAUUUGGAGCAUUAUAGUAGACAACCUAGAAAUAACAGGCCAUUUUUAAAUCAUGACUUGCUGGUCUGCAUAAAUUGCAUUAAUAACCACACGCGUGUGUUCUAUUUUUCCCCUAGACGUCGGUUUCCUUUGAAUUGUUUAUUUGGUUUGAUAAUAAACUGCUUUAUUGUUAAAUAA